UGUGUUUUGACAGAGACGACGUCUAUUGGUUUUGGCGGCACUGCACACCACUGUGUUGAUAUUUAAAUUUUUCUUUUAAUAAACUUUUAAAAAAAUGAAGAAGGUAAUCCCAUCACAUAGCAUCGAUUUGGGAAAACAGAUCUAUGCUUUCGAAUUGUCCGGAUACGAAUGGUCACAAAAUUUGGCCUGCAUCGCCGUUCAAUCGAAAAUCAUCUUGGGAAUAGUCAGAUUUCCGGAGGAUUCCGAAAACGAAUCAUUCGAUUGGGUACCACUGGAAGAAAUUCAUCACGAGCCUCGAUGCACUUCAAUUGCGUUUGCACCGGAAACAUCACUAGCUGUUAUUCCGAAGGUUGUGAAAUUGGGUGCAGCUGGAGUGGAUUUUAAAAUACGCAUAUUACGCAGCAAUUUGGAUAGUAAGCCUACCGUGCAAAUCCUUCAAGGUCAUAGCAACUACAUCAAUGCCAUUGCUUGGGAUCCAGAAGGUCGAUAUUUGUCGUCAGUGUCCGACGAUAAUUCGUGCAUAAUUUGGACUAACAAUGAUGAACAAUGCAGCGAACAUUCAAUAUUUCCGUUAAAGUCUGCUGGCAUGUCAGUUAAAUGGCAUCCUGACGACAGUGAAAAGAUUUUGGUAGCUGAAAAGAAAGGAAUCAUCCAUAUGUAUAACGUGGCGUCACAACAAGUUGUACUGUCAGUGGAGACAGGAAAAUCGCCGUUAACGAGUGCCGAUUGGUCGACCGCAAACCGGCUGCAAAUAUCUGCGUUGGUCGGUGGAGAUGUUGUCUUUUGGGAUCUACGUAAUUCUUGCCGCUCAUUGGAAACGAAAUCGAUUCACGAAGAUGGUGGACUAUGCGUACGAUUUUCAUCGAACAAUGAAAACGUAACGGCCAGCGUCGGUCGGCCAGAUCUUACGCUUAAAGUUAUGCAUUUACAAUCCCAGAUUCCGCAAAUUGAAGCGCAGUUGAAAUUGUUCGGAGGAUUGUGUUGGCAUUACCGUUUGCCGUAUGUUGGCGUUGCCACGGAUCGUAAACUAUGUUUCUGGAAGGUUAGCACCAAAUAAAAAGUGUUCAAUUUUCAAAGAACAA